AGCGAAGGUCAGAAAUUACCUAUAUAAAGUUAACCCGAGCAAGUAGAAGGCACUCUCAGAAGUUCAUUUGACCUAACGAGAUCUCUUCUAAUCAUGAACGCCUUGUUUGUUGUCGCCCUUGCCUUUUUGGCUGCUGCCAAUGCUAAACCAUCUGGUCAUGGUACUGGUGCUGUAAUUUCUGGCCCAGCUGGUGUUGUUACUGGACAUGGUGCCGUAGGACCAACUGGUCUUCCCAAUGGCCAUGGAGGUUGGGGUGGUGGAUGGGGACAUGGAGGAGGAUGGGGUGCUGGUGCCUGGGGAGGACAUGGUGGAUGGGGAGGAUAUGGAGGAGAUGCCGUCGUUGGUCAUGGAGUAGCUGUUGUUGGACCUUCUGCUCAUGGUGGAGCUUGGGCUGGAGCUGGUCAUGGAGGUUGGGGUGGAUGGGGAGGCGCUGGUUGGGGUGCCGGUUGGGGCGCUGGACACGGAGCCCAUGGAGUAGCCGUUGUUGGACCAGCUACCGUCCCAGCUGCCGUUGUUGGACCAUCCGGUAAAGUUGUUGCCGAUGGAUUGUACGGAGUCGGGCAUGGACAUGGUCAUUGGUAAUUACAGAAAAACCAAAAACAACCCCUUUUGAUCGCAACUAUACGACUUAAGCCUGUCUAAUGGACUGUUCUUAUGAUUCUUUUUUCUUUAUUAUUUUCUUUUCUUGCCAUCACUCGUACCAAUCUUCCUAUUUAUAUGCUGUAUCAGUAUGAGCACCGUAUACGCGAUAUUUUAACAUCUCUUAGUCUGGACGGGACGCUUCGUAUAUUGUUGAUUAUUAGGACGAACACAACUGCCUCGAAUUUUAUAUCGUUUGCCUCUGUACAAUUUGUACAUAUUUAUGUAUUAUUAAAUGUGUUAAAUAAAUCGAUGUGUAUAUA